CUAUUAGAAUAGGCAAUUUGAUUAGUAAAGUUGUUGUAAAAACAUAGGUAUAUAUAUUCUGCACAUUAAAAUUUUUAUGCCAUAACCUCACGGCUAUACACAAAUAUACAUAAGGCACGAAAUACAUCCUGUCUUUAAUCUGCCCUAAGCCGUUGAAGUGCCCUAAACCACUGGGGAUCAAACCUGACGGGACAUACAAGUGUAAUCCCUAUCCUGCCCUCUUCAACAAGCACUGAUCUUGAGUUUCUCUAUUAAAUGUGUUUGCUGAGAAGGUAUGUGAAACCGCAACAAACACUAUGUAUAUCUUAUACUUGUUUACUCUUUGUCAGCAUGGAAAGGCUUUGAGACAUGCUUUGUAACUGAAUUGUGGAAAGUCUGGACUUCUGUGGUACAGAUAUUCAGAUAUCUCUCUACUUGAUGUGGAGACAGCUACGGCUUCUUCGUCUGGCCUGUUGGCGUGACGAGGGUUACUUGGUGAGAAGAAGAUAUGGAAAUGAAGACAAGAAUGACAAUACAGAGGAUGGAUCAAAGGAUAUCAUAUUCUAUCAGCCCAUGGGAUCAGAGCGGAUGGAGAUGCGAAAGAGGCAGAUGUCGGUGCAGCAGGAGUCGGUGGCGGAGACCACAGCACCGGCGCAGAACGAGCAUCCCGGCCAGGGGAACCGCGGUUCUAACGCCUGCUGCUUCUGCUGGUGCUGCUGCUGUAGCUGCUCUUGUCUCACUGUUAGGAAUGACGACAGAGAAGAGAGGAACCGGAGAGCAUCGUAUGAUCUUAAAACAGAGGGGAAUGCAGACUUGGAUGAGAGUCCAAAACCCACUGCGGAGGAGGCAUGCUCAUGGGGGCAAUCCUUCGACAAACUGAUGCACUGCCCUGCUGGAAGAAGUGCUUUCCGGCAGUUCCUGCGCACUGAGUUCAGUGAGGAAAACAUGCUCUUUUGGUUGGCUUGUGAGGAAUUCACUAAGGAAACCAAUAAGAGCCUCAUCGAGGAAAAGGCUCGGGUUAUAUACGAAGAUUACAUCUCUAUUCUCUCACCCAAAGAGGUGAGCCUCGACUCUAGAGUUCGGGAGGUUAUAAAUAGGAACAUGCUGGAGCCAACAUCGCACACGUUCGAUGACGCCCAGCUUCAGAUAUACACGCUAAUGCAAAGAGACUCAUAUCCUCGAUUCAUGAACUCCCAAUUCUACAAAAACCUGCUUAACACAGUGUCCGAGCAGCCGCAGGAAUCUUAGACGGCUGUGAUCCUGGUCGAAUACCCCCUCCCUUAUUUUUAGUUUGUUACCUUUCCUUGCGUAGAAUAUAUUUCAAAGGGCCCGAUAUGGGUCCUCCCAGGGAUUUUACUGCUACAGAGAUCUGUACCUGAAAAAGACACUCAGGUCUCCAGGUCACUGGAUUUAAAAGAAAAAAAUAUCUCAAAUCUCCUGAGGGCUCAACACCACAAGUACUGCUACAGAUCAGCAUAGCCAGACGCUCCAAAGGAUUAUCAGUGUCAAGUUUUGAUGUUUUUGAGAAAACAUGAUCUAUUUUAUUUGUGUUAUAGGUUUUUUUAUUUCAUUUUUGUAUAAAUGUUCGAAGGAAGAUGUGAUACCAAUUGUGGGCUAUACACAGUAUAUACAAUAGAUAUAUUUAUGAAUUUCUAUUACAUUUCAACUUUUCUUUAUUCAUGUUACAAUACUUAAAGAAAAGGGAAUUAUGGGUAACAAGUAUUGCCCGUUUCUGAAUAGUGCGUAUGAGAAUCAAAGCUCGAGUCAAGGCAACACUUCAGCUCAACACACAGGAGAGCCUGUGAUACACAGUAUUGUUUCAGAACUCUGUUAGAAUGACUUGGCAUCUCCAAUAGGAAAUUACAAUUUUGCUCUGUCAGUAUUAUGAACAGAGACUCAAAUAAUGGAUUCAAAUAAACCUUGGGAGAUAAAAUAUAAAGACAUAACACAAAAAUGCUGUGUUGACUGGGUCAAAAAGGUACAAAUAAACCAGAAAAUAUUUGUAUUUGACCCAACAAUGUGCUAAACCACCCAACACAGGUUAAAUUACAACCCAAUAUUGGGAGAGAUAAGUGAAAGUAUACUUAAAAAAAUGCUGGAUUUUUUCAACCAGGCGUUGGAUCAAAAAGGGACGAACCCAGCCCACUGGGUUGUCAUUAAAAGGAAAACACCACCGUUUUCAAUAUUUUACCAUGUUCUUACCUCAACUUAGACAAAUGAAUACAUACAUUAAGUGUACGCAUUGAUCUUUUUCAAUGCACACAAUCUUUGUACAGCGUAUCCUGAAUGUGUUAGCAUUUAGCCUAGCCCCAUUCAUUCUUUAGGAUGAAUGGGGCUAGGCUAAAUGCUAACACAUUUAAAGACUGUUACAUGAGUA